GUCAAAAAAAAAACAAAAAAAAAAACAAAAAAAAACUGCGUGCUGGGGUGUUUGGUUGAAGAGGGGUUACGGAUUUGGUUUUCCUAGGAUUUAUUAGGAUUGAGGAAGCAGGGCAGGGUUUAUCUUGGUUGGUACUUGUGGUGCAAUAAGUUCUAAUUCAUUAUUAGUGUUGAAAUAACAUGGCUCCAAAGAAAAAUGCAAGAGGACACAAUGCGGGGUCAAAAAAAGCACAAACCUGUGCAUUUCCCUAGCACAAGUUGCAACACGAACAUUGCUUUUCCGGUGAGGACUUUAACUGAUGGGAAGCCCGUAGGAAACAAGAAUGGGAAGAAAGGGGAAGGCCUGAUGGGGAGCUCAUUCUUCACAUGGUUUAUGAUAAUCACAUUAUUGGGAGUAUGGACCUCAGUUGCAGUAGUUUGGUUUGACCUGGUAGAUUAUGAAGAUGUCCUAGCCAGAGCAAAGGACUUCCAUUAUAACAUAUCAGAGGUAUUACAAGGUAAACUUGGAGUUUACGAUGCCGAUGGAGAUGGUGACUUUGAUGUGGAGGAUGCCAAAGUAUUGCUAGGAUUAAAAGAAAGACCUAUUCCUCUGGACUCAACAUCUGCUGGAGGAGCUGAAGAGACAGUUCAGCCACUUGAAGACGAAGUGGAAGAAGCAAUUUUUGCAAACGUGGCCCAGAAAAAUGCACAACCACCUGAAGAGAGUGUGGAGCAGGAAUUAGCCCCGGAAGAGGAGCUGCUGGAGGAAGACCAGAUCCCAUUCCAGGAGGCCGAAGAGGAGGAGGAGGCUCCAUAUGAGGAGUUACAGGAGGAGGAGAUGGAGCGCCCAGUGGAAGCAGCUGAAGAAGUCAUACCUCUAGUGGAGGAGCAGGAAGAGGAAAAGGAAGUGGAGGUAGAAACAUUGGCGGCACCUUUGGAAGAGGCUGCCCCAACAGAGGAGGAGAGUGUGGAGGAAGAAAAAGUUGAAGUGGCCCCAUUAGAGGAGGAAAAAAACGAGCUUGAGGAGGCUCCAUCUGAGGAAGAAAAAGCUGAGGAAGAAACAGAGGCCCCAUUGGAGGAGGAGAUAGAGGAGGCCACCCUUUUGGAAGAUGCUAGAAUUGAAGAGGAGGAACAGGAAGAUGAUGUGUCUGCAUCUGUGGAAGAACAGUAUGAAGAAAUUGAGGCACAGAUUGGGGAAGCAGAUGCAGAGGAAGAGCAAACUGAAGAGGCGGCACCAGUGGAGGAGACUGCAUUUGCUGAAGAUCCUGUGGAAGAAGCCACUGGUGAAGAAGUUGCCCCCGAACCUGAGGAGGAAGCACUUGAACAAGAAGAAUACGCAGACUCAGAGCCAAUUGAGUACAGAGAAGAGCAACCCUUUGACACUGAAGAUUCUGAAGGACAGGAAUACUAUGAACAGGAAAUCCAAGAUUCUGACCCUGAUCCUGAAGAUGAAGUCUAUGGAUCUCAGAGCACGGAUGUGGAAUCUGAAAUCCAAGCUGCAGUCCCUCUUCCUGAGCCAGUAUAUGACGAUUGGGACACAGAAGAAGAAACCACUGAAGCCGCGGUAGAUGCGGUACCUGAAAAAGAGCAACUUGUUGAAACAAAGCCUGAAUAUGUAGAAGAACCCCAGGAAGAAGAUGCAGCUGGAGUACCUGAACCAGAAGAAGCCGUCAAAGCAGAACAGACUGAGGAGGAAGCAGAUCAAAUGGAAAUUAAAGAGAAAAAGAAGACAAAGGAGAAAGCCAAGAAGAUGAAACCCAAACUGCUGAAUAAGUUUGAUAAAACCAUCAAAGCAGAAAUAGACGCAGCAGAAAAGUUGCGCAAGAAGGGAAAGGUGGAAGACGCAAUGAGGGCCUUCGAAGAUCUUGUCAGCAAAUAUCCAGAGAGUCCCAGAGCCAGAUAUGGGAAAGCGCAGACUGAGGAUGACUUGGCUGAGAAGCAGCGGAGCAAUGAGGCGCUUCAAAGAGCCAUCAAAACCUAUGGAGAGGUGGCAGAGGUCCCCAAUGCACCGACUGAUCUAGUGAAGCUGACACUCAGGAGACGAGCGGAGAGACAACAGUUUCUAGGUCGUCUGCGAGGUGCCCUGGUAACCCUCGAGAAACUAGUGCAGCUUUUCCCAGAUGACGUAUCACUCAAGAAUGACCUUGGUGUGGGAUACUUGCUCCUUGGAGACAACGAGCAUGCCAAGAGAGUUUAUGAGGAGGUCCUAUCUGUUGCACCUGAUGAUGGAUUUGCCAAAGUCCACUACGGUUUCAUCCUUAAAUCAGAAAAUAUGAUGGCGGAGAGCAUUCCUUACCUAAAGGAGGGACUAGAAUCUGGAGAUCCUGGCACUGAUGAUGGACGCUUUUAUUUUCACUUGGGAGACGCUCUGCAAAGAGUUGGAGAUAAAGAUGCCUACAAAUGGUAUGAGAUUGGACACCAAAGGGGACAUUUUGCAUCAGUGUGGCAGCGAUCUCUUUACAACGUGGACAAGCUCAAAGCCCAGGCGUGGUGGACAGCAAAGGAAACUGGGUAUACAGAUCUUGUAAAGGCUCUGGAGAGAAACUGGAAGACGAUUCGAGAUGAAGCCCUGGGUGUGAUGGACACUGAAAGAGGACUCUUUAUACCAGAGGAUGAAAACUUGAGAGAGAAAGGGGAGUGGGGUCAAUUCACGCUGUGGCAACAAGGCAAAAAGAAUGAGAAUUCCUGCCGAGGAGUUCCGAAGACUUGCGCUUUGCUGGAGAGAUUUUCAGAGGCUACCGGCUGCAAGAGAGGACAGAUCAAGUACUCCGUCAUGCAGCCUGGAACUCACAUUUGGCCUCAUACAGGGCCUACUAACUGCCGUCUGAGAAUGCACUUGGGCCUGGUCAUUCCCAGUAAAGGCUGUUGGAUAAGAUGUGCCAAUGACACCAGAUCCUGGGAAGAAGGGAAAGUUCUCAUCUUCGACGAUUCCUUUGAACAUGAAGUUUGGCAAGAUGCUGACAGUUACAGACUGAUUUUCAUUGUGGACGUUUGGCACCCAGAACUGACUCCACACCAGAGACGGACCCUCUCUCCAAUAUAAAAACUUUUGUUUAGAAUCCUGAAGUUGUUCAGAUGGAACCUUGAACGUCAUUUACACCAGCUAAUGAUGUGCUUCACAUAGCUGUUGCACAGGUAAAUAAUUAAUCGUAGUGACUCACCAGACAAACCAGCUGAUGUUUAGGAAAGCCUUUUUGUUUUUUCAACAUUUUCAACAAUUUAUUUCAAUAUGUGCAUAAUCUUCCAUGUUUUGGUUGAUAAUGGAUAUUAUUAUGCCUAUUUACAUUUAUGUACUACAAACUAUAAUAUUAAUACUAAAAAUGAUUGUAAUUUUGCAGCUACAUCUGCUGUUUAUGGACCUUUUGCUUUAGCAUAAUACUGUGUAAGGUCUGUCUUUGACAUUUCUUUUUUUCUCUUUUGUUUGACACUGUGACUACUGUAAAAAUAUAUUCUCGAUUUGCACUGAGUAAAGCAUCCUUCUAAACAACUUUUUAGUGAUCGCAUUAUAGUUGUUUUACACAAGGGUGCUGUAGGAAAGUAUGUUUAAUUCUUUGUUUAAUCACUACUUUUUGUAAAACUGUGAAGGCAGGUAUGUGUUCCUUUCUUUUUAUGACUGCUUAAUUUUGUGAAAUGUAUUAUAUCAACCUUUUUUUUUUUUUUUUUUAAUAUUCUAUCAAAAGAAGAAAAUAUCCCAGGCUUAACUUUCAGAGCUUCAGUUGACCCAGGGCUGUGUGAAUGUUCUCACACCACAGAUAAAGUCAAUUAACUCAAAAGACUGGAAGAAGCAUUAGCUUUAAAUUAAGCAUGUUUGUAUUCUGGUUGAUUACAAAAUGUAGUUCUAUUUUAUGAGCAAUAUUUUCUAUCCAUGUUUUAUAGCACCGUUCAACUAAAAUUCUAGACAUACAAAAGACACACACCCUGGUGGGCUAGCAAGAGUACCACUCCCUAUGUCAUUUCAUUCAGUGUCACCAUAGAUAAAUACAAUAGGUGGGGUCAUAAUGCAGCUUGUUUUUUGUGUGGAAUAAAUACACUUUUUGCGGGCCUAAACAGAACCAUGUUGUAAACCAUUAUAUUUUUACUUUAUACUUUGUGUUACAUUCUUUUACACUUCCAUCUAGUUUGAGGAUACCUGCCUGCUGUUCAGUGUCAAGGUUAGAGGCUAGUGGCCAGAGGUACCAUGUUUAUCACUGUUUAGUAUUUCAAUAUUUGCUGCACAUCCUGAAUACAUCAUACACACACAAUUAUUUUGAGCUAUGGCUUUUUUUGUUCUGGUUUCUGUUAGUAUGGUGUUGCUGUACUAAUAUGUUGAGGGGCUCAAAAUUCAAGAUUUGGUAUGUUACAAUUUGCAUUACAUUUGUUGUUGAUUUUCAUUUAAAGGUUUGUUUCACACUCUAGUUAACCAUUGCUGAAUUUACCACAAGUUCUAAUUAACUAGUAUCUCUAGUUAAUUUUAACAGUAAUCUUCAUAUGCUGUAUGCACAUUUUGUUUUUGUAAAUAUCUGUAUAUGCUAAUCUUUGUCAGCCUUAAAAUGGACUGUAGGUAGUCUGUCAUCUGUGUCUAACCACCUUUGUAUCUCAAUGUCAUUUAAAAAUACAUUUUAUAAAUGACCUGUGGGAAUUGAAGUCCCAGAGGACAUUGAUACAAGAGACUGAAAAUGGGAUGCCACAUCAGCUGUGUUGCACAAUGCAAUUAAUUUUACAAGCUGCAUGACGUGGUCUGAUGCAGCCUGCCUCUGUGCACACAUAAUGAAAUUAAUUGCGAGGCUAGAGUACUCAAUACAUCACUAAUCAUGUCAUACAUGUGACUUGCAAUAAUUAAAAGUGCAGCUGAAAGUAUGAGCGUGUGUGGCACUCUAUAAAUAAGUACAUUCAGGAGCCUGGAAUCCUGAGCUAGUGUUCUAUAAAUAGGGAAGAAUUUAAAGUGGGAUCAAGAAAAAAAUAUGUAAAAAAAACCCAGGUAAAGUGUACGCCCUUUGAUUUUUUAGAUUAAUCAAGUGGUAAGAAUGGCCUUCUUGACCGAGGAUAAAAAAUGUAAUAUUAUUAUUAUUAUUAUUAUUAUUAUUGUAAAGUAACAUACUCAAUUCCAGGUGUAGACCACUAGAAUGUAUUCCAUCAAAGGGUCAGUUUUAAUCCUUUCCCACUUGCUGUAUUUUUUUCUUUUCUGGUUUGGUAAUGUUUGGUAGAGGAAGUUGUAAUUGCAAGUUGAUUGAAAAAUCAUUGUGUGGUACGAACAACUGAUGUGAAAAGACUCAAAUAAACAGCAAACUUUAAAAUA